UUAAUGUUUAUAAAGAGCUGGGAAGGAGCUGUUGUUGUCGAUGAUGAUAGACUGUGGGUGCCGUCGCCGGUUGUGGGAGGUUUGCAGCUUGGCCCCCAUCGCAUCGUUCCUCUUCUCCUUGCCGUCGCACGAAAGUCUGGGUCUAGCUCGUGGCGUCGCUGUCGCCAUUGCCAGUCGCGAAGGGUUGCUUGGUACUCGUCCCUUCGAUCUCUCUCUCUCUCUCAGUCUCUCCCUCUGUCCGAGCUCGGUCGUCUCUGUCGCGAAGGUCUGCUCUCUGUCCGAGGCUCCGAGCUCACGUCCCUUCCUCCAUCGUCGUUACUUCCCAUUCCUUCCUUGCCACCGUUCCAAUUACAACUCCAGACGAUGGUGGUGGUGGGACUUGCCAUCAUUCUCUCAAAGGCCUCCAUUGAUUUCUCUUUGGCGCACUACUCCCUCCAUCACCACCACCGCCACCGCCUCCUCCUCCUCUCAGCAACAAGACAUCGCGGCAGACAUCACAAUAGGCAUUGAUUCGUCCUCAUCCUCAAUAAGCCCAAGUUUCGGAAGACUGAAAGCUCAGAAAGUCAAAGCUCUCGUCCACAGGUCUAAGCAGCACAGAAACAGAAGCACUGAUCGACCACGUGAUUCAUCGCCAAACCCUCGUUCCAGAGGAGGAUGGGGGGACGUUAUAGGAUCCUUCCAUUCUCUUAAUUCUCAGGAGCUUGCUCCCGACACCAGCUUCUUCAGUGUCAAGUCCUUCAGGGAACUAGGCUGCGCUGACUACCUCAUCCAAUCACUCCAAAAGCUCUCUUUCCUGCGCCCUUCCAAUGCCAUGGCAUUUGCACCUGUUAUUGCUGGAAAGACUUGUAUUAUAGCUGACCAAAGUGGUUCUGGAAAGACUUUAGCAUAUCUUGCACCAAUAAUUCGGCGUCUUAGGCAAGAAGAACUAGAAGGACAAUGUGGCUUGCAACAAAGAACUCAACUGGAAACUUUACAACAGGGUGUUGAUGUAUUAAUAGCUACACCUGGCCGUUUUUUGUUCCUUUUGAAGGAAGGCAUCUUGCAGUUAACAAAUCUAAGAUGGAUGGCCACCAAGAAAGGCAAGGAGAAAGCUACCCCAAAUCCACAACAAGAAAAGGAACAAAAAGAGCAUUAGUGGCAGAGCCUUCUUCAACUGCGGUUAAACCCUCAACAAAAAGAAUUAAAAGGAUUAUAAAGGUUGAUGAAAAGGAAAAAGCAUUCCCAGCAAAAGACACUGCACGAUUUCCCAAUCGCUACUGUGAGCAGAUGUUCCCCAUUCUGGCAGCUCAGAAUUACAACAAUGAACAUCUUCUUAUCCUUCCACCUCGUAUUGCCACAUUUGUUGAGCCACAAAUUGCACAAAGACAUUAGGGAUUCCUCCAGAGACUGCCACGACAGGUUAAUUUUUCUUGGGUAGUUGAGUUCUACUCCAAUUUCCACCUGCCGACCCUGUAGUCUGUUUAUGUCCGUCAGAAGCAAAUCCCCAUUACAGAAGAGGCCAUUCAGCAAGCCUUAGAUCUUCCCCCCACUCUAGAAGGACGGUAUGCUUUUCAAGAAGCCUCACUCAAGCGCCAGGCGUACAAAUUUGACUGGGACGCUGUUCUCAGAGUUAUCGCACAACCUGGCAGCAAAUGGAUCUUCGGACACCAUCGUUCCCGUCCUAAGGGAAUCUCGGCUUCCGCACUUACCUUAGAGGCUCACGUAUGGGCACAGAUUAUGUUCCAUUACGUCUUUCCGAGCAUUUAUGAGUCUUCCUUCACCGCAAACAUGGCCGUUCUACUAUGGUGCAUCCUCACAGACCAGCCUCUAAAUCUACCAAGACACAUCCGGAAGGCUAUGGGACACGUGCAAAUCGCGGGCAACCUUCUUUUCCCCGUCUUGGUCUCAGAUAUUAUCUCAGCAGCCGGAGUCUCCUACAGAGCUGGGGACACCAAAGUCAUACUUCCAAAGGGAUGAUCAGUACGUCCCUAAUGGGAGAUAUCUCAGGCCACCACUUGCCACUACCAGCCAGUCCACAAAAGAUGCUGCAGACAUUCCACCAUCUACUAGUUAGCUGCUGCAUCAAAUACUGAAGAAGUUGGACCAACAAGACCAGAAAGCAAAGCUCCGAGAGUGUCAUAACCACCGUCGAUUCAAAUACCUCAAAGAGCUACUCACAGGCAACCACAGACCUGAUGAGGACCCAGGCACUCCGGACUUCACUUCCUUUACCAGCACAGGGAGCCAUGACGGUCCCGACUGUGGAGAUACUACCACCAGCCCACCCUUGUUCCUAACAGAUAGCACCGAGGAUGGUGCAAAGCCUUAAGUGGAGAGGUUGGUCAGUACCUGACUUCCGGAGGUAAUUCUUUCCCCCUUAACACCAACUUCUUUUUCUUUAGAAUAGGAUAGAUUGCAUAUUAGUAGGUUAAUUGCAUGCAUGUUCUACCUGAUUGAAAAGAUAAUAAGUUUCU